ACAUGGCUGCCGCCAUCUAACUCGAACACCUGUUGUGUUUCUGUACACGCGAUCAUGCUACUAUCCGAUUAAUAAUAUAUAGCGUUGAUUUCCCAUGAUGGCAGCUACAAGAGAUGAUUAUAAGCUUGAUUUAGAUAACCGUAAACAAAAUGUUUUCGUGACUCAGUUGCACGAAAGAGAAUUUGAAGAUGAGGUCACUGCUUUCCCAGUUGUCAGUGAGUCAGGAGACCGACUUCUUGAAACGGGGGUCAGAACUCUGCAGAAAACUUUAUUAUUAAAGAAAGAGGUAGAGGUGGCGAAAGUUGAUGCAGACUUAGAAGAAGCCAGGAGACUCUUCAGACAACGUAUGGAAGAAUGUGCACAAAGGAGAAUACGCAUACAGAAAAGAAGACAGGAGAUUAAACAUCAGAUUGCUGACUGUGAUAAAUAUAUCAAAGAGUAUGAUGCUAAAAGGAAGAGGGCCAUUCAGAAAUAUCAAACAGAAGUCAUUUCAAAAGAACAGAAAACACAAGAACUUGAACAAUUUAAAAUUGAACUGGAGGAGUACAAACAAAGACAAAGGUACCUCAGUGAAAAAGUAGAGAGAUUUAAAAAGUAUUCAGAUUAUAUGAUCAGUGUUACAGAGGCUAUGCCUGAUGCACAAUCCAGGUCACAUUUCAGAGAUUAUAUAGCCGCUGAAGAUAAGGUGAAAGGAUUAAUGAUGAGGCAUAAAACCUUAAGUGAAUCUAAUAAAGAUCUUAUUGAUAACCUAGUCAAUAUGGGUGAUGAGUUGGACACAUUACGACAAGAGUUUGAGAAAGAAAAAUCAGAACAUGAUAAAGUGAAGAUGUCCAACAACAGAAUCCUAUCACAACUACAGCAACAGCAUGAUAAAACACAGAAUCAAAAUAAACAUGAUGAACAAGAGAUCAUGUUAAAUAAAGGAGAUCUAAGAGAAAAGCAUGCAGAUCUUGGUUUGAUCGUCAUGGCAAUCAAUAAUAUGGCUGAAGGUUGUAGAAAAUACUAUGACCCACCAGUAGAACAAAUGAAGUUUCAAGAUAAAUUAAUGAGAAUAAAGGAACAUUUAAAAGACAGAAUAGAUGUAUCAAAGAUGGCAGGUGGUGGAAGUACUUUACAAGGCAGUGCCGAUGUACAUAAAUCUAGACAUAAAAAGAAAACGUAGCGCAAGUGUGUACAAGUGUGUGAAAAUGUGAGUGAAUGAACAAAUGUUUUGUGCUGUAAAAAAUCGCAAGAAUAAACUGUAAUAAUUAAUUCCCAUACACUUUAUAUGCAUGUAUAUUUUUGAUAAAACACACAAAUUAAACAAAUAGAAUAAAUUGCUAUUAAUGCUGGAUUAUUAUUGUUUUUUUCUGGAUUUUUUUUUAAAUGUUAUAAAUUUCAGCUUGAUAUUUUUUAUAAAAGUUUGAAUUUGUCCAUGACAUUUUGUAUUUUAAACAUAUUUUAAUAGAAAUGUACAAUUUUAUAUUAUAUUAGUUGCAGUCAUAUCAGCACAAGGUGCUAAUCAAACAUUAAUAAGAAGAAUGACCUUAUUGACAAGUUUUUAGUCGGUUUACACUUGUUUUGAAUAGUUUUUUUUUAUAUGUGUUUUCACUUUGUUUAGACAAAUUUUAUCACAGAUUUUGUUAUCAGUGUUGUAAUUUGUUUUGAUGCUAACCCUUAGAACCAAAGAUUUCAAAUGUGCUAGAUAUAAUCAGAUAAUAUUUUUAUACAAAUAACAACUUAACUCUUUGUUGUUUGAAUGCUAUGCAUACCCUAGUAAGUUAUGAUAGGUUUUUUUACUGAUAAUUAUUCAGUUUUCUUAUUAUUCUUAUUAUCUACAUUCUACACGCUGUUAAUUUUUUUUGUGGAUUUUAUAAUUGCAAAGAAUUUAAAUUUAAAAAUGUCAAUUUGUGAUUCCUGAUUUGAAUUACAGUUUAACAUUUCAUAUUUUCAAAAAAAAAAACAACAGAUAUUUAGAAUAUUUUUAUACUAAGUCUUAAUUUCUAAACUUUUAAUAUAAAUUUUGCAAAUGAUUUUUCUGACAAUGCCCAAAUGUUCUUUAUUCUGUUUUGAUUAGUUUUCUUGUAUAUGAGAGGUAUACAUGUCAAAUUUUAAUUGAUAUUGUUUACCGUAGUUAUUAUUGAAAAUGAAAAACAUGUAUGUUGUUAUAGAAGUGGCAUUAACUAGUUCUACAAAGUUAUAUUUAGAAGAUAGAAGAGCAAAACAAUCCAUUUCUUUUUCUAUAAAUGUCUUUCUGUUUAAAUUUCAUGUCUCCUGUAUGGUCUAUUCAUACUUUUUAAAGUUUGUUGGGUGUUAACCUAAUUUUCACGAUUCAGUGAUUCACAAAAAAUUGUUGACCUAUAUUCUUGUUUACUUGAGUUCUAAUACCUGCUGUCUCUUUUUUAGUUUUGAUAUUGACCUAACACUUUAUAUAUCAUUGUUCAGCCAUUAUAAUCUACACAAGCAAGACAUUUCUUCGGUCUACUCAUUAGAGUAAUACAUGUUAAAUCUAAUUUAUUGGAAAAAUAACAAUUAUUAUGUAAACCAGACAGCAUUUAUGAUAUGUUUCUUCUUGUCUUCAAAAUAUUAGAAUCAAACUGUAUUAUUCUUUUUUAUCUUAAGCCAAUGAGUUAUUUGAGGAAAGGUGUAAAACAUGUUUUACAAGAUAAUAAAAUAUAUUAAAAUUUUGGAGUGUCAUUGAUAUCGGCUUAAAUGAAUUGUCAAAAAUGUUGUAUAGGCUUCAACAAAUUGACAUAACCCAAGUUCAAAAAGAGAUAAUUUAUAAUUAUUUAAAUUGUGAUAUUUAUUAUAUUUUAUUUACUAAUCUUCUUUUUUAACUGUUGUGCUACAUGAACAUCUGUAAAACUUCAUAAUUCAAGGACAUCUAGAGUUGUUGUUUAUUUAGAAAUAAAUCAAUGCAAAACAUAACUUUUAUGUUGAACAAGAAAUCCACACUGCCAAAAAAAACUUGAUAUGCUAUUAUGUCAUAAAAUUUGCAUCAAAUUAUUUAUAUGUCUAGAUAGAACAGCUGUAAGUUUUUGUAGAUUUUGAUGCUGUAACAAGACAAUGACAAUGGUCAGCAAAUAGAAGGCUUUCAUAUUUGUGCACUUUCCUGUAAAUUUCCUGUCACAAUGUUUACGUUAGUUCAUCACAGUAAGAACUGAAUGUUCGAUGACAUCGUUUACGCUAAUUGACCUUGAGUCGACAUGUAUAACUCAUUCAUAAAAAAUUUAUACUUGAUCUGAGUUUUGUAGGAAUAAGUAUUGUGUAUAAGUUUCAUAAAAUUUGGUUGAGGCAAACUUAAAGUUAGUGAACGGAAAUGAAAAAUUCAGCAAUUUUUCCAUUUGUACAGGGGCAUAACUUUAGAAUGGUUAAAGUGACACCACCAAAAUUCAAACUCGAUCUGUAUUUUGUGGUAUUAAGCAUUGUGUAUAGGUUUCAUAGCAUUUGGUUGAGGCAAACUAAAGAUAGAGAACAGAAAAAAAAAAUUCAGCAAUUUUUCCAUUUGUAAAGGGGCAUAACUCUAGAAUGGUUAAAGUGACCCCUUCAAAAUUGAAACUUGAUCUGUGUUUUGUGGUAAUAAGCAUUGUGUAUAAGUUUCACAUUUGGUUGAGGCAAACUAAAGUUAGAGAACGGAAACCAACUUCGGGACAUAUAGAUGGACGGACAGACGUUCGUACAGUCGGACAUGGGUAAAACUUCAUGCCCCCUCCGCUACGGCGGAGGCAUAAAAAAAUAAGUUGAGAUUGGUGUAUGAAAAUGGUCCAAAACUUUCUUAAUCAUAUUAAAGUAUAACCAUAAUAUGACACUUCCUUACUCAUUAAUUGAGCCAUGAAACUUUCCCUAUGUAUCAAUUCUACUAAUAAUUUUUUCGGGGGUAGAGAGGGAUGAUUAGGUACCUAUUUCUUUUAAAUUCCAUUUUUCGCACAGACAGAAUGACAUAUUUACAUGCAUGUAUUAUUGAAAGUUUUCAGGGAAAGUUGUAUUUUUUAACAAGUUUGUGUAUAUAAAGUUUUAUAAGUAUUGUGAUUUCAUUUUGCAUCUUUUCCCCAACAGUUUCAGUUAUACUCAAAAUAUUUGUGAAACAACAACUAAUAC